AGUAUAAAUGUGGGACUCACAAGUCCCCAAGUGCAGUUCAGAACUCAGAACAAAUAAUAUCAACCAUGAAGUUCCUCGUCAUCUUGGUCUUGCUGGGAGCAGCCGUUGCUUUUGAAGAUGAUGAUAAGAUUGUAGGGGGUUUUACGUGCGCCAAGAACGCUGUUCCCUAUCAAGUGUCCCUAAACGCUGGUUACCAUUUCUGUGGGGGGUCCUUGAUUAACAGUCAGUGGGUGGUGUCUGCCGCUCAUUGCUACAAAUCUCGUAUCCAGGUCAGACUUGGGGAGCACAACAUCGCUUUAAAUGAAGGGACAGAACAAUUCAUUGAUUCACAGAAAGUCAUCAAGCACCCCAACUACAACUCCAGGAACCUGGACAAUGACAUCAUGUUGAUCAAACUUUCCACCACUGCCAGACUUAGCGCCAACAUCCAAUCCGUGCCUCUGCCCUCGGCCUGUGCUUCUGCCGGCACCAACUGCCUGAUCUCUGGCUGGGGGAACACCCUGAGCAGCGGCACCAAUUACCCAGAUCUCCUGCAGUGCCUGAAUGCCCCAAUCCUGACUGACAGUCAGUGCAGUAACAGCUACCCCGGGGAGAUCACCAAGAACAUGUUCUGUGCCGGCUUUUUGGCUGGUGGCAAAGACUCUUGCCAGGGUGAUUCUGGUGGCCCCGUGGUGUGCAAUGGGCAGCUGCAGGGUGUGGUAUCCUGGGGUUAUGGCUGUGCCCAGAGGAACUAUCCUGGUGUCUAUACUAAAGUCUGCAACUUUGUGACUUGGAUCCAGAGCACCAUUUCCUCUAACUAAAUCCUCCUUCCCCUGAGGAACCUCUCCUGUCCUGAUGUAGAGUCUAGAUACUCUCAUGGUUUCCCAAAAGCAAAUAAAGUGAUCAUUUCACCAUA